AUGCUGUGCAGUGGCAGCCCUAGCGCGGCCCUGUGCACAUGUACCCAUGCAUGUGACAAGCGAAGCGGUGGUGGCGGGCCUUGGGAAGGGCUGACCUAGGCUCUACCUAGGGCCGCCUUUCCCGUGCCUGCAAGAAGCUCGGCAUGACGAUGCCAGUGGGUGCUGCCAACCCGGCGGCGGAUGCUUCGUGCGAUGCUGUCUCGCAACAUUUGAUGGCGCCGGUGGCCGCUCCGGAGGACCGCGCACAGCAGCCUCUCGUGGUGGGCUUGCAGCCGGUGGCGCUGGUGGACCACGCAGCGCGCGUCUCCACCGCAUUUGUGGAGAGCAUCCCGGGGGAGCGGGGCGGCUCCGUCCGGGUGUCUCCCGAGGCGCUGGCUCAGCUGCUGGUCGGGGUGCGCGCCUGCCCUGCCUCCGCUGCAGAGGGGCACAGCAUUCGCACGCUGGCGGGGGGAAGUGUGGCCAACACAUUGCGCGGGCUGGCCAGCGGCUUUGGCGUGCGUGCGGUCAUGCUGGGGGCUGCGGGUGACGAUGACCUGGGCCACAUGUUUGCCACGAGCAUGGCAGGGGCCGGUGUGGAGCUGCACCGCCUCCGUAGAAAGGCCGGGCUGACGGGGCAGUGUGUGUGCCUGGUUGACGACGAGGGGGGCCGCACGAUGCGCACAUGCAUGCAGGACGCCGUACGGUUGCAGGCGGACGAGCUCACGGUGCACGACCUAGAAGGGGCGCAGUGGCUGGCGGCGAAUGGGUACGCCCUAUAUGGCGCGGGCCUGCUGGAGCGCGCGGUGGCCCUGGCCAAGGCGGCGGGGGCCCGCGUCUGCCUCGACUUUGCCAGCUUCGAGGUGGUGCGCGCAUUCAAGCCGCAGCUUCUGGCGCUGCUGCAGUCGCGCCAGGUGGACCUCUGCUUCGCCAACGAGGACGAGGCGCGCGAACUCGUCAGGGACUUGGAUGCCGGUCAGGGGCCCGUAUGCGCUGCGGAGGCUGCGCUGGACGUGCUGGCGCAGUGGUGCCCCACCGUGGUCGUCAUGCUCGGCCCGCGCGGCUGCAUCGCCCGCACCGCCGGCCGCCAGGCGGUGCGCAUCCCGGCCCUGCCCAACGCGCGGCCACUGGACACGACGGGCGCGGGCGACCUGUUUGCGAGCGGCUUCCUGUCGGGCCUGCUGCGCGGGCGGCCGCUGGAGGAGUGCUGCCGCCUGGGCUGCGCCGCGGGGGGCGCCGUCAUCCGCGAGCUGGGGGGGGAGGUCGGCCCGGCGGGCUGGGACUGGAUGCGCGCGCAGCAGGCGGGAUCGCUGGCGCCACAGGGAGCGCAAGUCGGUGCAGCGUGCACAUGACGCGGUUGUUGACCGUGGCGCACGCAAGAUCGACGAAAGUGUUGCUAUUAUGACGCAGGCAAGAUCGACGGAAGUCUUGCUAUUAUGACGCACGCAAGAUCGACGGAAGUGUUGCUAUUAUGCAAUUGAGGGGGAAGUUGACAGAGGUGUUUAGAGAGUCAUGUUGGAACAGGGUUCCGGUAGGAGUUGCAGCCUUUUGCAGAGGACCAGUCUAUGUUGAGGCAGAACAAGGAGCAUCAGGUGAUGCCCUUGAAAAGAUACACGAGGUCGCACUUCCCUCGACCUCAACAUUCAGGUGAACCCUUAACUGGGUACGGCUAGGUAUAGUUUUAAGACAAAGGAUUUAUCCAUAGGGUCCCCGUGAAAAGUAAGAAUUGUGCAAGCGCUACAUCUGGUUCGCAGCUUUGCACCUUGACGCGGUACUCGGCCGCCUGGUCAGUCAGUGGCUGCCGUCCAGCUCAGAAGCCUAGAGACUAGUACUCAAAAGGAUACCACGAUCAACCGCAACCCGCGUUACGAACCGUGCAAUGUACAGAUCGUGACGCAUUUUAAGCGGACGAUCCUCUCUUGUAAGACAAGCUAGGCACAUGCAGUAAGGUCGGUAGCAAUUCGUCAAUUGGGAAAAAAUUAGCUCCAAUUGGCCCCGUUGACUUUCUCCUGCUUAGAUCAGAAAUGCAGCAAACAAGUUUUGCAAUAGAUGGUAGUAUACUGUAGACGGUCGCCUGGUCAUUCAUCAUUCUUGUCCAGUGAGAGUUGCGCCUGCAUAGC